GUGAUCUCCAUGGGCUGUAAGAAUGAGCUGGAUGACAUAGCUUUUGCACAUUCUCUGUAAACGCAGCAGUUGACGCCAUUGGAGUACAGAAGCAUCUUCAUGAACAUUUCUGACCGUCCAAGACACCUCCUAUUUUUGAAACGCUCCGUUCCCAUUUGGACACGCCCCAUGCGCGCCAGCGCCAAACUCUUGCAGCGCGCCUCCUCCGCAUGUUCCUCCGCCUCCCGCUCGCCUGCGUCGGUUAACCCCUCGCGUCCUCCGGGCCCGUCGCCACACCUUCCUCCGCUUCUGGCUUCUCCCUCCCUUUCUGGGAGAAGGGCCAGCGAUCCGAUCGGGGAGCGAGGAGGCGUGGCCAGCGAUGGGUCUCCGCGGAGGCGUCGCGCUGCGCGCGGCCGUGCUCGCCGCCGUCCUCGGCUUCGCCGCCGCCGGGUUCAUCUCAAAUGACGCGCUGCUGGAGCACGGGCACGACACCACCGGCCGGAGCCUGCUGCAGGCCAAGAAAGAUUGCCCGGUGAGCUUCGAGGGCGCCAACUACACGAUCAUCACGAGCCGGUGCAAGGGCCCGCUGUACCAGCCGAGCCUGUGCUGCGGCGCGCUCAAGGACUUCGCGUGCCCCUACUCCACCUACAUCAACGACGUCACCACCAACUGCGCCGCCACCAUGUUCAGCUACAUCAACCUCUACGGCAAGUACCCGCCGGGCCUCUUCGCCAACACCUGCCACGAGGGCGACAAGGGCCUGUCGUGCCCGGAGGACACGCCGCAGGUGCAGCCGGGCCAGAAGGCCUCCGGCGCGGCCGCCGUCGCCGCGCCUGCUGCGGCCGCGGCGGUGGCGGCCGCACUGGCCGUGUCGUCGAUCAUGUCGUGCUGAGACGAGGAAGGCUGUGGGUGUCGUGACUGUGUAAUCAACCGUGUGCUUGUGUACCCUUUUGCUGCUGGAUGAAUGGGCUUGCAGUUAUAUGCAUGUGUGUAUAUCUGAAUUUCGAGAAGGGUGGUAGACAGGUAAUGCUAGUCCAACUUAGUCGCUCUUCUUUUUUUCUUCAAAAAAAAUGUCGCUCUUCUUUCACCUCUUGAACAUGGUAAAAUUCUUUCAAAUGCAUGAUGCAACACGCGAUUUGGUUACAAGGCUGAA